AUGACUGCAGCGCCGCCGUCCCCACCCGCCGCCCAGAACUACACCCUCCGGGGCCACCCACACCAUCUGCAGCGCCGUCCCCACCCGCCGCCCAGAACUACACCCCUCACGGGCCACCCACACCAUCUGCAGCGCCGCCGUCCCCACCGCCCAGAACUACACCCUCCGGGCCACCCACACCAUCUGCAGCGCCGCCGUCCCCACCCACCGCCCAGAACUACACCCUCCGGAGCCACCCACACCACUCCGCAGCGCCGCUGGUCCCCACCCGCCGCCCAGAACUACACCCUCCGGGGCCACCCCUGCAUCUGCGCCAUAGUCCCCACCCACCGCCCAGAACUACCUCCGGGGCCACCCACACCAUCUGCAGCGCCGCCGUCCCCACCCGCCGCCUGCAGAACCACACCUCCGGAGCCACCCACACCACUCCGCAGCGCCGCCAACUACACCCUCCGGGGCCACUCCACCAUCUGCAGCGCCGCCGUCCCCACCCGUCGCCCAGAACUACACCUCCGCCACCCACACCUGCAGCGCCGCCGUCCCCACCCGCCGCCCAGAACUACACCCUCCGGAGCCACCCACACCAUCUGCAGCGCCGCCGUCCCACCCGCCGCCCAGAACUACACCUCCGGGGCCACUCACACCAACUGCAGCGCCAGCCGUCCCCACCCGCCGCCCAAAACUACACCUCAGGGGCCACCCACACCAUCUGCAGCGCCGCCGUCCCCACCCACCGCCCAGAACUACACCCUCCGGGGCCACCCACCAUCUGCAGCGCCGCCGUCCCCACCCACCGCCCAGAACUACACCCUCCGGGGCCACUCCACCAUCUGCAGCGCCGCCGUCCCCACCCGCCGCCCAGAACUACACCUCGGGGCCACCCACACCAUCUACGCGCCGCCGUCCCCACCCGUCGCCCAGAACCACCCCCCUCCGGGCCACCCACACCACUCCGCAGCCGCCGUCCCCACCCGCCGCCCAGAACUACACCCUCCGGGGCCACCCACACCAUCUGCAGCGCCGCCGUCCCCACCCGUCGCCCAGAACUACACCCUCGGGGCCACCCACACCAUCUGCAGCGCCGUCCCCCACCCGCCGCCCAGACUACACACCUCCGGAGCCACCCACACCAUCUGCAGCGCCGCCGUCCCCACCCGCCGCCCAGAACUACACCCUCCGGCCACUCACACCAACUGCAGCCGUCCCCACCACCGCCAGUCCACCCUCCGGGGCCACCCACACCAUCUGCAGCGCCGUCCCCACCCACCGCCCCUACACCUCCGGGGCCACCCACCAUCUGCAGCGCCGCCGUCCCCACCUGUCGCCCAGAACGCACCCUCCGCCACCCACACCAUCUGCGGUAGCCCGCUGUCCCCACCCACCGCCCAGAACUACACCCUCCGGGGCCACCCACCAUCUGCAGCGCCGCCGUCCCCACCCACCGCCCAGAACUACACCCUCCGGGGCCACCCACACCAUCCCGUAGCGCCGCCGUCCCCUACCCGUCGCCCAGAACUACACCUCCGGGGCCACCACACCACAUCUGCAGCGCCGCCGUCCCCACCCGCCGCCCAGAACUACACCCUCCGGAGCCACCCACACCAUCUGCAGCGCCGCCGUCCCCACCCGCCAUACAGAACUACACCCUCCGGGCCACUCACACCAACCAUCUGCAGCGCCGUCCCCACCCGCCGCCCAGAACUACACCCUCCGGGACCACCCACACCAUCUGCAGCGCCGCCGUCCCCGCCCACCGCCCAGAACCACCCUCCGGGAAUACCCACACCAUCUGCAGCGCCGCCGUCCCCACCCACCGCCCAGAACUACACCUCCCGGGGCCACCCACACCAUCUGCAGCGCCGCCCGCCGUCCCCGCCCCACCGCCCAGAACUACACCUCCGGGGCACCCACACCAUCUGCAGCGCCGCCGUCCCCACCCGUCGCCCACCGCCAGAACUACACCCUCAGGGCCACCUACCAUCUGCAGCGCCACUUCGUCCCCACCCACCGCCCAGAACUACACCACCCUCCGGGCCACCCACACCAUCUGCAGCGCCGCCGUCCCCACCUGCCGCCCAGAACUACACCCUCCGGGGCCACCCACCCAUUCUGCAGCGCCGCCGUCCCCUACCCGUCGCCCAGAACCACACCCUCCGGGCCACUCCACACCAUCUGCAGUGCCGCUGUCCCCACCCGCCGCCCAGGAACUUCACCCUCCUGGGGCCACCCACACCAUCUGCAGCGCCGCCACCGUCCCCACCCGUCGCCCAGAACUACACCUCCGGGCCACCCACACCAUCUGCAGCGCCGCCGUCCCCACCCGCCGCCCAGAACUGCACCCUCCGGAGCCACCCACCAUCUGCAGCGCCGCCGUCCCCACCCGUCCCCACCCAACUGCCGCCGUCCCCACCCACCGCCCAAACUACACCCUCCGGGCCCUCCACCAACUGCAGCCGCCGUCCCCUACCACCGCCCAGACUACACCCUCGGGGCCACCCACUGCAGCGCCGCCGUCCCCACCCACCGCCCAGAACUACACCUCCGGGGCCACCCACACACCCGCCGUCCCCACCCGCCGCCCAGAACUCUGCAGCGCCGCCGUCCCCACCCGCCGCCCAGAACUACACCCUCCGGGCCACUCACACUAACUGCAGCGCCGCCGUCCCCACCCGCCGCCUGCUAGAACUACACCUCCGGGGCCACCCACACCAUCUGCAGCCGCCGUCCCCACCCACCGCCCAGAACCAGUACCCCGGGGCCACCCACACCAUCUGCAGCGCCGCCGUCCCCACCCGCCACUUGAACUACACCCUCCCCACUCACACCAACUGCAGCGCCCACUUAGUCCACCGCCGCCCAGAACUACCACCCACACCAUCUGCAGCCCGCCGUCCCCACCCACCGCCCAGAACUACACCCUCCGGGGCCACCCACACCAUCUGCAGCGCCGCUGUCCCCACCCACCGCCCAGAACUACACCCUCCGGGGCCACCCACACCAUCUGCAGCGCCGCCGUCCCCACCCACCGCCCAGAACUACACCCUCCGGGAGCCACCCACAUCUGCAGCGCCGCCGUCCCCACCCGCCGCCCAGAACUACACCCUCCAGCCACCCACACCAUCUCGCAGCGCCGCCGUCCCCACCCACCGCCCAGAACUACACCCUCCGGAGCCACCCACACCAUCUGCAGCGCCGCCGUCCCCACCCGCCGCCCAGAACUACACCCUCCGGGGCCACCCACACCACCCGCACCAUGCCGUCCAGCGCCGCCGUCCCCUGCCGCCCAGAACUACACCUCCGCCCCCACACCAUCUGCAGCGCUGCCGUCCCCACCUGCUGCCGCCCAGAACUGCACCCUCCGGGGCCACCCACCAUCUGCAGCGCCGCCCCACCCGUCGCCCAGAACUACACCUCCGGGGCCACCCACACCAUCUGCAGCGCCGCCGUCCCCACCCGCCGCCCAGAACUCACCCUCCGGGGCACCCACACCAUCUGCAGCGCCGCUUUACCCCUGCGCCCAGAACUGCACCCUCCGGGACUCCACUAACACCUCCGUCCCCACCGCCAGAACCACCAUCUGCAGCGCCUGCAGUCCCCACCCGCCGCCCAGAACUACACCCUCCGGUUACCCACACCAUCUGCAGCGCCGCCGUCCCCACCCGCCGCCCAUAG